GAGAGAGCAAAGAGAGAGAAAGCAACUUGCAAAUAGUCAGGAGGAAGCGUUUUAAUGAGCAAAGCGCAGAGCUCCUGUAGGCGAUCAGUGAGUGAGUGAGUGAGUGAGUGAGUGUGAAGAUGGCGAGAGAGCAGUGGGUUGUGUUGCUGUGCGCUGCGCUGUUGCGCUUCCUGCAGUCGGGGUCGGGUCAGUCCCCGGAGGGCAGUGGGAACGGCUUCAGCCUCCACCCCCCCUACCUGAACCUGGCCGAAGGGGCCAGGAUCGAAGCCACUGCCACUUGCGGGGAGGACGAUGCGGGCAGCCCGAGGCUGGACCUGUACUGUAAGCUGGUGGGGGGACCCGAAGCCGGAGAUCUCAGCCAAACCAUCCAGGGACAGUACUGCGAUCAUUGUACUGCUGAGCACAGGAACAAAGCUCACCCGAUUACUAAUGCCAUUGAUGGAACAGAGCGCUGGUGGCAAAGCCCACCUCUGUCACGUGGACUAUAUUACAACCAGAUUAACAUCACUCUGAACCUGGGGCAGCUCUUCCACGUGGCUUACAUUCUGAUAAAGUUUGCCAACUCUCCUCGUCCUGACCUUUGGGUAUUGGAACGAUCUGUUGACUUUGGGAGAACAUACGAUCCCUGGCAGUAUUUUGCUCAUUCCCAGCGGGACUGCGAAGAGAGGUUCGGGACAAGAGCUCACAAACGUAUCACAAAGGAUGAUGAUGUUGUCUGCACUACAGAGUAUUCACGGAUUGUACCGCUUGAGAACGGUGAGGUUGUGGUGUCUUUGGUAAACGGACGUCCAGGUGCAACAAACUUCAUUCACUCUCCUGUUCUGAGAGAUUUCACAAAGGCUACAAACAUCAGGCUGCGAUUUCUCAGAACCAAUACACUACUGGGACAUCUGAUAUCUAAGACGUACCGGGAUCCAACUGUCACUCGAAGGUAUUAUUACAGCAUCAAGGACAUCAGUAUUGGUGGUCGGUGUGUGUGCAAUGGUCACGCUGAAACCUGUGAUUCAGAGGACCCAAACGAUCUAUUCAAGUUACAGUGCAGAUGUCGACAUCACACUUGUGGAGAAUCCUGUGACCGCUGUUGCCCGGAAUACAAUCAGAAACCAUGGCAACCCGCUUCAAGAGCAAAUGCCAAUGAAUGUGAACCUUGCAACUGCCACGGACAUGCCCAGAACUGUUACUAUGAUCCUGAAGUCGAUAGUCGUGGAGCCAGCUUGAAUGUCAACGGGCGGUAUGAAGGCGGGGGCGUUUGCCUAAACUGUCAGCACAACACUGUAGGAGUCAACUGCGAGCAAUGUGCAACAGGCUAUUUCCGACCAUUUGGAAUUUCGAAGGAAGCACCCGAUGGCUGCAGAGCCUGCUCCUGUCACCCCGAAUUUACGGACGGAUGUGAGGAAGGCACGGGCCAGUGUCGUUGCAAACCCAAUUACAGUGGUGAACACUGCAACAACUGCGCUCCUGGUUACCACAACUUUCCUCAGUGCAUUGGUUUUCCCGUUUCCCCCUCCGAAAGUCCAGAAGACCCAUCAGCUGGUCAAAUUGAAAAUUGUAAAUGUAACAUUGAGGGAACAGUGGAAAACACUUGCCUUGUGGAUCCUUACACACAACGCUGUGCCUGCAAGCCUCAUUACACCGGUGCCUCCUGUGAGGACUGCGCCCCAGGAUACUUUGGAGAUUAUUGUCAACAAUGCUAUUGCUACGGCCCUGGUGUGGCUCAUCAAGCGUGCAACACAAAAACAGGACAGUGCACAUGUCGGAGAGGAUUCCAAGGCUACAAUUGUGAAGGCUGUUCACCGGGGUUCUUUAAUUACCCGUUCUGUCAGCCUUGUUCCUGUGACGGUGUGGGAUCAUUUGGCUUCACAUGUAACCAUGCAGGACAGUGUCAGUGUCAGCCCAAUUUCAUGGGUCCAGGAUGCAGGCAGUGCGCUCAUGGACACUACGGGUACCCUGUUUGUUUGUCCUGUGAUUGCUCGACCGAUGGCUCUUAUGAGUCUACGUGUGACCAGAGCACUGGAAAGUGUAAAUGCCUGACCGGUGUCACAGGGAGACGCUGUGAUACUUGUGUUUCGGGAACAUAUAACUUCCCCCGUUGUCAAGUUACAGACUGUCAUGCGGCAGGUACAGCGAGACACAGCCCCUCAUCUCAUUCUGGUUCGUGCGAGUGCCUGGCUAAUGUUGAGGGUCCCAAAUGUGACAAGUGCAAAGCACUUUACUGGAGACUAGCUGAGGAGAAUCCUGACGGAUGUAUUGAGUGUCAGUGUGUCGUGAAGGGUACGACCAGCGGGAUUGGAAUUUGCGAUCAGGACAGUGGCAUGUGUCACUGUAAGCCCAACGUGUGUGGCGAGCCCUGCGAUGCGUGUAAGAAGGGAUACUAUGCCUUAGAAGAGAGGAACUACUUUGGUUGUCAAGGCUGCCAAUGUGACAUCGGAGGCUCCGUUAAUCUAACGUGCAGUGACCGAGGGAUAUGCCGGUGCAGGCAAAAUGUGGAAGGACGCAUUUGCAAUCGGCCACAGCGAGAACACUAUUUCCCAGAUCUUCACCAUUUGAAGUAUGAGAUUGAAGACGGCACCACCCCCAAUGGGAGACCCGUUCGCUUUGGCUACGAUCCCCGGGAGUUUUCCAACUUCAGCUGGAGAGGCUACACACAGAUGUCACCAAUACAAAAUAACAUGAGGGUAACAGUGCAUGUGGAGAAAAGAAACGUUAAUUUGUUCCACAUCGUCUUGAGAUAUGUUAACACAGAAUCCGCACCAGUGUACGGUCGUGUAACAACUUAUCAAGCCCGUCAAAGCACAGUCUCACCCCAGACAAAAGAGGUUCUCUUUGCACCCACCAAGAAGCCGGCUUUUGCUACUGUAUCAGGAAACAGCUACGCAGACCCUUUCUCACUCACACCUGGCACUUGGAUUGUCAACAUAGUGGCAGAAGGAGUCCUUUUGGAUUAUUUAGUUCUGAUGCCCAGUGAUUAUUACGAGGCUCCAAUUCUGCAGUACCAAGUGUCGGAACCUUGUCCUUUCAACUCCGGGUCAGAGCAAGAUGACACAAACUGUUUGUUAUACUGGUACCUGUCUUUGGAUCACUUUCCUUCAUCUGGGGCUGGAGAGGGAACCUACCUCAUUGACGGGCAGCAGGAAACCUUGCUGCGACCACCCACAUCCUACCGCCCAGAACUGGCUGAUCUCGUUGGCAGACAGGUAUACAGAAAGAGAUAUCAAGCUGCACAUCCAAUCUGCCAAAUGCAUUUAUUCCAAAGUCCGCCCAGCAGCGGGUUGUCCCGGACAACUCACGCAUACAACUACUGGUCUGGUGGGUUUACCGUCCAGCUGCAGUUUAGAAUGAAGAUUCCUCGGCCUGGUCACUAUGUGAUUGUCCUGGAGUACGCCAGUGAAGACAAGAGAUUGCACAUUCUGGAUGUGGCUGUAAACAGUCCCCUUGGAGAAUCUAUUCAGGGCAAAUUUAAUCUGCAUAGCUGCAAAUACAGGUUCCUUUGCCGGAGUGUAGCGGUCGACCCACAGAACCGUAUUGCGGUUUUCCACUCGCCUACUUACGGAGAGGUGCUGAUGCAGGGGGUGUUUAUCAAUUUCCUCCUGCACAAAAUUUAUUUCAUACCAUUUGAAGAAUUUCACAUUGAAUUUGUGGAACCGAGGAUGCACUGUAUCUCCACCCGUGGGCAUGCGGCUAAUGGCAGCAACUCGUGUGUUGCGUCCAAGUACGAGACGCCGGUAUCCUCAGUGCUGUUGAAGGAGGGCCGUUUAUCAACAGCAACCUCUCACGGACAAGACAACCUACUGGUUCAUCCACAGACCUUCUCUCAACGCCCUCCGACCAUGGUGGAGCCAGCAGAUAUAAUCUUGUUGAAAUUCCCACAGAACCAAAUCACCUUCACCGCACGGGUCCGAAACACUGGCAGAUACGUCGUGGUCGUGCAUUUCUAUCAACCCCUGUACCCGACAUUCCCUGUGGAGGUGCUUGUGGAUGGUGCUGCCCUACAGACUGGGCUCUUAAGUGCAUUCUUCUGUCCACAUGGGUUUGGCUGCCGCAACCAGGUGAUUUCAGGCAACAGAAUUGAGCUGGAAGUCAUCAGCCUGGAGCUGUCACUCACUCUCACUGGUCCUCGAGACAAAGCCUUCUGGGUGGACUACAUCUUGAUUAUUCCCGCAGACAAGUACGAUCCUGACUUAAAAAAUGAAAAACCUCUGGAUAAGUCAUUUCAUUUCAUCAAUACCUGUGGCAAGGAGAGCUUUUACAUUGAUCCAGCUACAUCAUCCAAGUUCUGUCAGGAUGCUGUUAAAUCACUUGUGGCAUUCUACAAUGAUGGAGCUGUACCAUGUCAGUGCGAUAGAGAGGGAGCCACUAGCCAAACCUGCCACGCAGCCGGAGGCCAGUGUCCCUGCCGGCCUCAUGUUAUUGGACGCAGAUGUAAUCGGUGUGCCACCGGCUAUUAUUCGUUUCCAAAUUGCCGACCUUGUAACUGUGGCAUGCGGCUCUGUGAUGAAGUGACGGGCCAGUGCAUCUGCCCUCCUCAAACUGUUAAACCUCGGUGUGAGACCUGCGUCAAACAGACCUUCAGUUAUCAUCCUAUGGCCGGCUGUGAGCAAUGCAACUGCUCGCAAAUAGGAAUAGUGAAACCCGGUAACCCAGUCUGUGACAAACGGACUGGACAAUGCAGGUGCAAGUCACAAGUUAUAGGACGUCAGUGUGACCAAUGCUCAGCUGGAUACUACCGUUACCCUGACUGCCUUCUCUGUGACUGUAACCGAGAUGGAACACGGGACAGUGUGUGUGACUCGGCCACUGGUCAGUGCCUUUGUAAGGAGAACGUUGAAGGGACGCGAUGCAAUAUCUGUCGUUCUGGUUCUUUUCAUCUGGAUCCGGAUAAUCCCAAGGGCUGCACCAGCUGCUUCUGCUUUGGGGUAACCAACCAGUGUCAUGGUUCAGACUCACCCAGGGCUAAGCACAUGAAAAUGAAUGACUGGAUGCUGGUUACGGGGAAAAAGCAAGAAAUCCCGGUCGUUUACAACCAGUGGAGCAAUACCGUUGUGGCGGACACACAAGAGCUUUCUAACAUUAUUCAUGAUUUAUACUGGCUAGCGCCAGAGUCUUACCUGGGAGACAAGGUCUCAUCAUACGGUGGCUUCCUGACCUACCAGAUAAAAUCCUUUGGGUUACCAAGUGAAGGCAUGACCCUGCUGGAAAGUAGACCUGAUGUUCAGUUGAGAGGAGAAAAAAUGACUAUUGAAUACUUCAAUUCACAAAACCCGAUUCCAGAUCGAGUGUAUCAUGAACGUGUUCAGCUGGUGGAGAGCAAUUUCAGGCAUGCUGUGGUCAAUACCCCAGUGAACAGAGAAGACUUGAUGCUGUUACUGAGCAAUCUGGAAGAGUUACGAAUCAGAGCUCUUUAUUUCUCACAAACUCAACGCCUCUCCCUGGGCCGAGUAGAGCUGGAAGAGACCUCGGCUACUGGCCGGGGAAGUCCUGCCACCAACGUGGAGGUGUGCUCAUGCCCAUCCAACUACCUGGGAGAUUCUUGUCAGCACUGUAGACCUGGAUACUACAGAGAAAGACUGGGCUUUUACCUAGGCCGGUGUGUACCCUGCCGCUGUAAUAGACAUUCAGACAAGUGCUUGGAUCGAUCUGGCAUCUGUGUUGAGUGUAAAGAUAACACCGAAGGAGAUCACUGUGAACGCUGCAAGCCAGGUUUCUACGGAAAUGGCGUCCAGAGUUCCUGCAGCCCCUGUCCUUGUCCUCUCACCGUAACCUCCAACAACUUUGCCACGGGAUGUGCUGAGAAUAAUGGUCGCCUGCAGUGCUUUUGUAAACCAGGUUACUCAGGAGAGAACUGUGAAAGAUGUGCUCCAGGAUAUUUUGGGAACCCUGCGGAAGUUGGAGGUCAAUGUCGUCCUUGUCAGUGUGGCAAUUCUAACCCUACAAACUGUGACCCGCUAACUGGACAGUGCGGCACGUGCCCUGACUGUACAAAUGAGGAGCCCAAGGAUACUAGCUCUGAUGAGAAGUGUGAUAUUUGUGACAGCUGUGUUAAAACGCUGUUGGGUGACCUGAACAAAAUGGACAUCGACAUUCAGACCAUCAAGCUCCAGGUGCAGAACGCCAACGCCAGUGCCGCAGCCCAGGAACGAAUGAACGCCUUGGACAGAGCUAUUGCCAGCACAGGGAGUCAACUGAGGGUGUACCGCAACAAUGUUGAGCGUCAGAUCCAAAAGACGAACGAUCUGGAAAACGACAACUUGAAUCUCAUUCAAGACGUCGGUGCUAUUGAAGAAAAGGCGGAAAUGGCUUCCAGAAGAACACAGUCGUUGCUUACUUCUAUCAACCACACCACUCGCCGUGCUGAUGACAUGCUCAUUAGUGUCAAAAAUGUGCUGCAGAAAAUCUUAGAUUUGAUAGACCGGCUGGGCACCAAAACCUCAGGGAAUGUGGGAGAGAAACUAGCCGAGGCUGAGCGGAUGCUGAAAGAGCUGAGAAACCGCAACUUUGGUCAAGAGAAAUCCGUCGCCGAAAGAGAGAAAAACGAAUCAAAGAAAUUGCUUGAUCACAUUAAGAAUAAACUAGCGAUGAUCAUUGAUGAGAACAAGGACCUAGUGGAUAAAAUGAAGAAUGAUUUAAGUCUGUAUCAGUCAAAACUAUUGGACCUUCAGGAUGCAAUGACUGAGGCAGCAAACCUAACCAAAAAGGCAGAUGAUCUCAACAGAAUAAACACCUUUGCACUGGACAACAUUAAGGAGAAAAACAAGGAGUUAACUGAUAAAGAGAAAGCUGUCUCGAACCUGCUCAGAAAGGCUGACGGAGCCCUCAUUAAUCUGAAUGAUUUGCUGAAGAUGCUGGAUGAGAGCCAAGAGGAAUAUGAAAAACAAGGAGCCGAGUUAGAUGGAGCUUUCUCAUCGCUUAACACUAAAGUUAACCAGCUGUCAGACGUGUCUAGCAAGGAGCCCAUUGUGAUCAGAGCAGAGAAACAUGCGGAAGACCUGAAUCAGCUUGCAAACAGUCUGGACAGAGUAUUACAAGAUGUCAACCAGGACUUCGUGAUUCAGCGCGUUCGAAACGCCUCUGACGCUUAUGAGAACAUAAUAAACGCUGUGAACGCCGCUGAAGCAGCUGCCAAAAAAGCCAGCGACGCAGCUGACGACGCUUUAGGGGCUGUGGUGAGAGAUAAUUUAGCUGGAAAAGUAAUUGACUUGGAACUUAAAAGCACUAAACUUCUUUCGGAGACAACAGAGGCCAAAGAUGACUUCGACCAAGUUAUGAAGGAUCUCGCAGACGUGAAGGGUCGCCUCAGUGACGCAAAGGAUAAGAAAGACAGCCUAUUGACCGAUCUUCCAGAGCUCGAAUGGAAACUGAAAAAUAUAAAUCGAGAUGACAUAAACAAAACAUUGAGCAGAGCGAAAGAAGUAGCUAGAGGAGCGAAUGACACUGUUGCAAAAGUGAUGGAUAAGUUACAGCCUAUACUCUCGGAUCUCGAAAACCUUAAUACAAUUACGGGCAAUAUUCCAAACCUUGAUGAUUUCAACCAUGCACUACGCGAAGCCGAAGAUUCAGUAAACAUAUUGACGAAUACCUUGCCUAGCCUCGUACAGAAGCUGAACAAUUUGAGCAAAUCCCAGCCCGCGAACAACAUCUCGGAAAAUAUAGACCGGAUCAGAGAGCUUAUCGAGCAGGCCAGGGAAGCUGCAAAUAAGAUAAAUGUGCCAAUGAAGUUCAACGGUAAAUCAGGGGUGGAAGUCCGUCUUCCCAACGACCUCAAUGACCUGAAAGCCUAUAAUUCGCUAGUGUUGUACCUUAAACGGCCAAGUGAACCGGCCCGAGGAGACAACAGACAAAAGAGACAGCCAGACCAGGACAUGUUUGUAUUGUAUUUGGGCCACAAAAAUAGUAACGAGGAGUACAUCGGUAUGGCACUAGUGGAUAAGAAGCUUGUCACAGUUUACAAACUAGGAAAAGACAAGGAAGCUAAGAUUGAGUCUGAUUUAACAGUCAGCACUGCAGUCUUCGACAAUGCUGAAUUUAAACGGAUCCUGCAGUACGGUUCCCUAAUGUACAAUACGAUAAGCAAGAAUGAUGUCAGCAGCAACACUACUUAUUUCCCAGUUUCGAAUGGAAAGGGCAUGCUACUUACUCUUGAUCCUCAAAACACUGUCUUCUACGUUGGAGGCUACCCCAGCAAUUUCACGCCCCCGGCCAGCUUGAAAUACGACAAUUUUAUUGGCGACAUUGAGCUGGGAGUCUUGAACGAAAGGCUUGUCAGCUUGUACAAUUUCAGGGAAACGUUCAACCUGAAUACCACCAUAGACAAGCCGGAUGCAAGAGAUAAAUCAAAGGAAACUGGAGCCGAUAGUUACUACUUUGAUGGCACUGGCUAUGCACAGAUUGAAGUGAGCUCAAAGUUUAAGUGGAAAUUUGAGCAGAAUAUUAGGAGUGCCACAAAAAAUGCAGUACUGAUUUACUUGAAAAGUCAGAAUUCAAGCUGUGCCCUCACCAUCGAAAAUGGAGUAUUGUUUUUCAGAUACAAUCUCGAGUUACCAAAUCCACCAGAGCCUAUAAUGAUGCCCAUAUCAAAAAUCGACGACCCCAAAUUGAUUUUGGUAAAGAAAAAUGUAACAACUUGGCAAUUAGGAUUGGUAAACAGGCUCACAAACGUGCAGCGUCAUAUUAUCAUGACCGAUGCAGAUUUCAAAGAAUUAUACCUUGGAGGAAUACCAUCCAAUAUUAAAGAAGGAUUAAACAUUCCUGUCAAAUCCUCACUGCGCGCCUGUGUGAGGAGCAUAAAAGUCAACUCAGGGAACAAGGAUCUUUCCAAUGAAAAAACUGUGGGUGUCAGUAAACGUUGUUCUGAAGACCUCCUGUUGGUGCGCUCUGCUUCCUUUAGUAGCAAAGGAGUGUUGAAAUUUCCCGCUGCUAAGUUUACCUUUCCUAAAGAUUUCCACAUUGGGUUUGGUUUCUCAACAAUUCAGUUGAACACUGUGCUGUUUUCUUAUAACAAGAAUAACGGUAUUAUGGUUUUAUUGGAAAAUGGCAAACUGAAAGUUAUUAUACAGGGCACAAUUCUACAAUCUAAAAACACUUUUAAUGAUGGCGCCAACCAUUAUGUGUCUGUCAUGAAAAUCGGUGAUAAGGUCACCCUGAAUGUGGAUGAUGAAGACGAGGAUGGAAAGUCAGUGACACUGCGGGACAGGUCAAAUGACUCCCUAUUCGUGGGUGGAAACUCAGACACUAUGAAUUAUACUGGCUGUAUCAAUGACGUCUUCAUAAAUAGGGAUUCCGAACGUCCUACAGUUCAGAGCCUGAUAUUAUCAUCAGAUCACAGUGGAAUAAAGCUGAACGCUUGCUCCAGGCAAAGAGCACCAGAAAUGCUUAUGUUGAAAGAAGGUAGAAAAUCCAAUCAAGAGACUGUCAAAGGGAAUAAGAAUGGCAAGAAUCAUAAAGAUGUUCUUGGUCACCCAACAAAAGAGAGCCCGGGGCUGACAUCAGCGGAUGUCAGUCAUGGAGGCCAAAGGUGUUCAAUGGAGCAUCAGUUUGGAGACACUCCAGAUAGCCAUUUGGAAUACGACUUUAUUCCAGAAUCGUUCAAGGAGAGGUCAAAAUUCUCCGUUGAUGUGCGGACAGUAACUUCAGAAGGAAUUAUCUUUUACGUAGCAGAUAAGGCAGAGAGGUCAUACAUGGCCCUUUACAUUUUGAAAGGUCGCUUUUUCUUUUCCUUUGUGGUUGACGGCAUCAAACUGAAAAUUAAGAGUAAAGCGAAAUACAACGAUGGACAGUGGCACACUGUGGUGUUUAGCAGGGAAGGCAACACUGGAAAGCUUGUGAUUGAUGGUCUGCGGACUCGACAGAGCAGCAUCACCACCAGUUCAUCCCUGGAGGUCGAAUCCCCGUUCUAUCUGGGAGGAUUGCCAUCGGGCAAAGGGCAGCAGAGGAGGAAGUUACCAAGAGACAGUUUCCAGGGAUGUAUCAGAAACUUUAAAUUGGAUGGGAGCCAGUUGAGUGUCCCAUCUCGCAUGCUGGGCGUCACACCAUGCUUCGAUGGCAAAUCUGAGCCAGGAGCCUACUUUUCAGCUGAAGGAGGAUACGUCAUUUUAGACAACGCUUUUGUCGUGGGCAGGGAUUUUGAGCUUCUGUUUGAAGUGCGUGCCCGUAGCCAGACUGGGGUGCUCUUCCACAUCAGCAGCCCACAAGGAAACUACCUCAGUCUGUAUAUGCACAAAGGAAAGGUUACUGUGAGUGUAAACAAUGGAGCCGGUGAGUUCAGCACAUCAGUUGACCCCCAGCAAUCGCUGUGCGAUGGACAGUCACAUAGAAUAGCAGUGAUCAAAAGAGAUAAUGUGGUGCAGCUUGAUGUGGAUGCAGAACGCGAUCACGUUAUAGGACCUGCUACGUCUCGUUCUACUGACACUAAGGACCCUCUGUAUGUUGGUGGUGUUUCAGAUGCUGUGCAGACCCCUCACCUCCCAGUCCGUACUCCGUUUAUUGGCUGCAUGCAGAGCGUGGUGAUUAAUGAGAAGCCGGUGACAUUCAGCAAAGCAGCAGAGGUCUACGGCGCUGUCAGCUUGACCAGAUGCCCCACAAUGUAAAUUCCUACCCCAACAUUCAAAAGAACCUCCACAUUCCUGCACUUCAUUUUAACGGAUCCACUGUCGGAAUGCAGAAUUAUUAAUUUAUUGUAACUUGGACUCGCGAUUUUCCUCUUUCUUGCCUUGUUUAUGUUGUGUUCUCUGAGCCAAUGGUUCCUGGAGCCCAGCUGCCCAGCCUGCCUAGUUCUGGUGGGUUUUUGGGAUCACAUCGAUUCGCCUUGUGAAGGAAAUCGAUCUGGGCUCCGCUCAGAAACUGUGUUUUUUCUAAGUGUUGGGGGUUUCCCCAGGAACCUUUAAGGGAUUGAUGACUCACUCUGCCUUCCCCCACCUCCGCAACAUUGCCCGGCUCCACCACUGCCU